UGAAAACAGUAUUUAUGGGCAAAAAUGAAACUAAAGGUAAUCUCCUGUUGUGAUCUGCAAGAGGGUGAGAUGCAGGGGCAAGCAGAGCUCCACAGGAGACUCCAAAGCACAGCUGAGGAUGUGGCCAUCCAACCACAAAUGGUGCUCUGGGUAACACAGUGGUAGAGGAGUGAGGGGAGUGCUCCCACCAUACUCAGGCAUAACACCACUCUGGGGACAACUUGACCAAGGGGAGUAAGAAACACUUUAUCUGAGCCCACUAGAGCACAUCCAACCAAUCAUUAGGAGUACUUGGAAGAGACCAAAGCAGGAAGGAGAUCAGGGGGGAUUGGAAAAGAGAGGUGCUACCACACAGAUCAGGCCAAACAGCCUGGUAGGGACCACCAUCUCCUAGAAGGCAGUCACCCACGAGGGGUCCAUCUGACUCAGGCAGUCUUGGUGAAACCCAAGCUAGGGCUAACUAGGGGCUGGCUCUUGAGCAAAUUAGAGGCCAGCAAAUGGCCUCCCCUGUCUUCAGGGUUGGGAGUGGCCAUACAGCCAUGGUUUCUCAGCUCAUCUGGGGCCUGGCCCUAUGGCACAAUGUGACUGUCAGAAGAUGGGAGACUUUUCUGGGAACUUGAACCACGCCUGUUUAUACUUUUAGAAAAGGGAGAAGCUGAAGGCCAUGCCACCUCUCUACUCCCCCAACACCUGGCCAGGGCCCCCUCUCCAGAUUGGCUGAGAGCCACCUUUGUGACAUCAUGUGACAAAUAAAGCAGAUGAUGAGUUAAGCCACUGGUUGCCCUGAUACCAAGACUCUAGAAUUUUGUGGACAGUAUUUAUUGGGCACGCCUACUCUGACUGAAGGCAUUUUGGACUUGCUAGGACAGUGAUAAGGGCCUUGGGUACAAAAUGCUCCUGAUUCUGGUGUAGCUCCAUGGCGAGUCAGAACACUGAACAGGAAUAUGAAGCCAAGCUGGCCCCAUCUGUUGGUGGACAGCCAACAAGCGGGGGGCCAUCUAGUUCUUCACCUGACCCAAAUCCAGAUUCCAGCGAGGUUUUGGACAGGCACGAGGACCAAGCCAUGAGCCAAGAUCCAGGCUCCCAAGAUAACUCACCACCAGAAGACCGAAACCAACGCGUGGCCAACGUGGAAGACAACCCCAACCUUUUUAGGCUCUCCUUCCCAAGAAAGCUUUGGAUGAUUGUGGAGGAAGACACAUUCAAGUCUGUGAGCUGGAACGAUGAUGGAGACGCCGUGAUCAUCGAGAAGGAUCUCUUCCAGAGGGAGGUUCUUCAACGGAGAGGUGCAGAGAAGAUCUUCAAAACAGACAGCUUGAAGAGUUUCAUUCGCCAGCUGAACCUCUAUGGAUUCCGCAAAACACGCCCAAGCAACUCUCCAGGAAACGAGAAAAUGAUGAUCUACCGCCACUCCAGUUUUCAGAGAGACAAGCCCAGGCUCCUGGAGAAUAUCCAGAGAAAUGAUAACCUCAGAAACACCGCUCAGCAAGCGACCCGUGUCCCAACUCCAAAGAGAAAGGAGCUGGUAGCUACAAGACGCUCCCUACGUAUCUAUCACAUCAAUGCCAGGAAAGAAGGAAUCAGAAUGUGUCAGCGGGGAGCCCCCAGCGUUCAGGGAUCCAGUGGCACCCAGUCCUUCAGGCGCUCUGGCAUGUGGUUCAAGAAGAGGGCCACUUGGCUUCCCCUGGGAAAUGAGCCCCCUCAGGAACCAAAUGGCCCAAGUGGGGAGGGCACCUCUGGGAAUGUCACAUUUGCAUCUUCGGCUACUACCUGGAUGGAAGGCACAGGGCAAGUGCCUAGUAGUCUGGUUUACUCAGAUAAUGGUAGUGUAAUGUCUUUGUACCAUACCUGUUACUACGUUCUGUUGGCCUCUCUCUCAGUCAUGUCUCCAAAUGAGCCCUCUAACAAUGAGGAGGAGCAGGAAGGCUCCUCAGAUUACAAGUGUAGACUCUGUGAACAGUUCAGAAACAAUGCAAGUCCGUGAACUCACAGGCCACUAAUGGCUCAUAAAAGUUGCCAUUUUCUAAUGAGAAACACAUUUUUGGUCUUAAUAAAGAAAAACAAAAUUCCACGAAAAUAAAUAAUAAACAGUUUAAAUGAGAACUGUUGUCUGUGUUCUUUUUAACCUUCUAUAUUAUACACAUCUCAUUGGCAGAAGCCAGGGGAGGCUGGAAAUCCUGUCCAAGACAGGCUUUGGUCCCCAUUGUCCUCGUUUAUUUGGAGAAGCAGCAUUUUUACACACUCAGCAAAGGAUGUUGCUAGGAAGGGUCGAGGCCAAGCCCAGGAAGACCUCGUCCCCUGAGAUUGGCCUGCUGGUCAGGAGAAAGAAUAGACUCCUGAUUCCAGCAAUAUCUUUCUGUAUCUUCAAACAGGAGAUUGUUUCCUCAUGGGUCCCUCCCAAUGUUGCCAGGAAGUGUCUGAUCAGCAGCUCAGCAUCCCUAGCCUAGCAUCCAGGGGCCUCCAAAGAGGCCCACUUGAAAGGCAGGCCACCCUAUCUGCCAUGGGAUGUAUGACCACCAUAACAUCCUGGCUCAGAAGAGAAGGGCCACUGCAGUCAAUGCCUGGGGGGAAAUGCCCAUCAUCCUCAUGGAUAACAACUAGAAACUUUGCUAAAUCACCAAAAAAAAAAAAAAUCACUACAAAAUAAAACAACACUACUGAUCACAUUUCCAAGUUAACCUCACUCUACUAGAGCUGUAAUUUUGGAUGUAUCGCUAGGAUAGGAAGUAGCUGUGUGAUGCAGGUAACACACAUGCUUCAGAAACUGACAGACACUUUCACAACAGAGUGAGAGUAACCUGAAAGGACAGACAGCUGCUCUAAGUCUGACGUCCUCUUCAUCCUGGAUGAGUCGGUUGAUUAAUGGCUAGUCACUACCAGGCAAACAUUCAGUGCCAGGUCCCAGACUUUCUGUAAUGUCGCCUGGAUGCUAGUUACACAUUUGAUG